AACACUCCCAUCGCCCCCAACGCACCGCGGCCGCCGCCUGAUAGAAAACGUAGGUGGUGAUCUCCGGUGGCCGGCAUCCAGAUCCCCGGCGACCGCGAGGCUGGCCGGCAUCCACAUCCCCGACGACUGCGAGGUGGUCGACGCGCGCCCACUCCCGGUGGCCCUCCUCUUCCCUGCUGCUCGCGCCUUCCCCGCCCAGGACCUCCCCCGCCUCUUUGUCGCCGCACCCGUGAAGCUGAUCUAGGUCAAGUCCUGAACCGCUGGAUCCAGAGGCUCCCGUUCGAGGAGAAGAGGCAUGAGCUUCUCUGUGGUGCCGAUGGAGGAGGGAACAAGGAGCCAGCAACGGCACCAUCAGGUGUUAAUUCUCUAUGGUACUAAUGGAGGCGGCAUCAACAUCAGCAAGUAGUAUUCAAGAGGAUGAAGGGGGUAUGCAUGGCGCACUUGGCUGCGGUCAAUGCGAGCCACGAGCAGGGGAAGCAGUCAGGAUGAGCGGCGCAGGAUUGGUUAGACCUGGUGAGGGCACCAUGGCGCGCAGGUGGUGGAGGUUGUGGCCUGUGGGCGUCCGAAUCGGGUCGAAGGCGAGGCAGCUGAUGGUCGGAGGCAAAGCUGUUGGCCUGAUACGGAGCAGUCGACGGGCGGGCGGCCAGGUUGCUCGACGACAGAGGAGCUCCAAGGCGCCUUCUGUUCUCAGUUCAUCACCAACAGGGGAGGGGGAGAUUGGUGUCUGGCUGUGGCCAACCACUACGACCGCGCAUUCCAGGAGUGGUGAGGCGACGCCAAGCCGUUCCUGCACACAGUCUCUGAGUAGAGAAGGGGCAGCACGCAUCGGUAGAAUGGAAAAGAGAUCCAGCAAUGUGAUUGUGAUGUGUGUUGCUGGAUGUUGUGUGGAUAAGGGACACGUGGUGGGUAGUGUGUGUUGUGCUAGAUGUUGUGUCGGACCGAUUGGAAGUUGCUGGAUCAUCCAUAGAUUAUAAAAAAAAAUUGGGAUGAGCACCUACUUGGUGUUGAUUGUUUGUUAGUUUAAUAAAUAUUUAUGCCUAUCA